AUGCUAGACACAGCCAGCAAUGGGAACUUCCUCAAUCAGGAUGUGGAAGAUGGCUGGAAGCUAGUGGAGAACAUCGCCCUCUCAACAGAAAGAUAUGGAGACAAUUAUGUAGCACUGACUGGAGCUCGACCGCUCACUCGAUCAGGAUAUCAAACAAGAAGGGGAGGAGAAACACCAUACAAACACCACUCCAACCACAAGGAAGACCAUCUAUGGUCACACAUUUUACCAGGCACCUGUGGCUUACCAAAUAACUCCACACAGAUCCAACCAGCAAGGGCACCUUCCAAGUUUCCCACCAGGAUUCCCACCAAUGCCAUACCCAACUACACAGAGCCAAGAUUGGGAUAUGAAGGAUAUGCUCCAACAACUCCUUCAAGGGCAAGCCAAAGAGUAUGCUCAAGCUGUUACACUGAGAAGUGGGCGACAGUUUCCAAGCAGGGUAGCCCACCCCAAAUCGCUGUGGACAUCGAUGACGAGGAAGGGGAGGAUUUGGUCGAGUAUGACGAUAUUCCGGCACCGAACUCGAUCGAGCUGGAACAAAACCCUGAACCAGAACUCGAUCGAGCUGAAGAAACCGAGACUCAGAAAGACAAACCAGAGCUCGAUCGAGCCGAGAAGAGAACAGACAAAGCAAGCUCCAGCCAACCAGCUAAACCUGUUGCAAAGAAGAAAGACACUCCAUCAGGACCACCACCAUACAAACCCCCUCUACCCUUUCCAGGAAGGUUCAAGAAACAACUGUUGGAAGCACACAAGGCCAAGUUUGAUGAACUAAUGAGACACUUGAGCUGA